UUCAUCGAGUAAAGAUAUCAAAAAACACAAUUCAGAUCUGUGCUUCUUCUUUCUUCAACCCAGAAAAGACAAAAUCACAAAAGUCAAAAACAAUGGCGCCGAGAGCAGAGAAGAAGCCAGCGGAGAAGAAACCAAAAGCCGGCAAGAAACUCCCGAAAGAAGCUGGAGCUGGAGGUGACAAGAAGAAGAAGAUGAAGAAGAAGAGCGUCGAGACGUACAAGAUCUACAUCUUCAAGGUUCUGAAGCAAGUUCAUCCCGAUAUUGGUAUCUCAAGCAAAGCCAUGGGAAUCAUGAACAGUUUCAUCAACGAUAUCUUCGAGAAGCUCGCUUCGGAGUCGUCUAAGCUCGCUAGGUACAACAAGAAGGCUACGAUUACUUCUCGGGAGAUUCAGACUGCUGUGAGACUUGUUCUCCCUGGUGAGCUCGCUAAACACGCUGUCUCUGAAGGAACCAAAGCUGUUACCAAAUUCACCAGUUCUUGAAUUGGGAAUUUAGGGUUUUCAAAUCUUGUUUUAGGGUUUCUACUUUCGCUUGUUACCUGUUUUUGUUUUUUUUUUUAAUUCUCGUUUCCCCCCAGUUGUAAAGUAAUGUUAUGAAAUCUCUUUUGGAAUCAAGAUUUGCGUUUGUGUUCU